AUGUCGGCCUAUAGGAAGUCUGUCCUCAUCACCGGCUGCUCUGCAGGUGGCAUUGGUCACGCACUUGCCAUCGAGUACAACCGCUACGGCUACCGUGUGUUUGCUACUGCGCGAAAGCUCGACUCGAUGAGCGAGCUUGCUGGCCUUGGGGUAGAGACGUCUGAGCUGGACGUGACCGACUCCAAUGCAAUCCAGGAGCUGCGUCAGGCCAUCUCGGUUAAAACCGGCGGGAAGCUCGAUAUUCUCGUGAACAAUGCCGGCCAAGGCUACGACCAAGCUAUUUCGGACGCCUCGGUUGCGCGGACUCGCGAAAUUAUCGAAGUCAACCUCGUUGCGCCGAUGGUCAUGCUCAAAGAAUUCGUCCACCUGCUCAUUGCCUCAGGCGACGGCCGUGUUGCUCAAAUAGGCAGCAUUACGGGCAUCAUGCCGAUCCCGUUUAAUGCGGCUUACAGCGCAAGCAAGGCUGGCAUCCACUCAUUUUCUAACUCGGCACGAAUUGAGUUGGCCCCGUUCAACGUCAAGGUUAUUAACAUUUUGACUGGUGUUAUUGAUAGCAAGAUUUGGCGCGAGGGUAGCCUUCCCGCAGACUCGCUGUAUAAGCCUAUGGAGGACCUCUACCAGCAACAUCGCAUCAACAUCCCUAGCCAGGGCACCACACCAACGGAAGAAUACGCACGUGCUGUUGUUCGGGAGACUACCAAAACAACCCCCAGCCCAUGGGUCUGGAUUGGCAAGAACACGAUGAUGGUGUGGCUUAUGGAUACCUUCCUCCCAAGAACGGCUUGGGAUUACCUCCUCAACCACGCAUUCGGCAUCAACGAGUUCGUCGCUCGUCUGGCAAAGCGCAAAACGCAGACUGUGGAGGUAACCGAGACGGUCGCUGCACAAUAG